AUGUCGGUUGAUGGUGGUUAUGUUCUUUCGCAGCGCAGGUACAUGGCUGAUAUUCUCAAUUGUGCUGGUAUGGUUGAUUGUAAGCCGCUAGCUACGCUAGUGUCUACCACUCGUACCACUGAUGAGUCUGAUUCUCUAUUUGAUAAUCCCACUCAGUACAGGAGUCUCGCGGGUGCUUCGCAGUAUUUGACUGUGACAAGAUCGGAUAUUUCUUAUGCGGUUAAUCGCCUGUGUCAGCACAUGCACUCGCUUUCCGUUUCGCACUGGGUCAUGUUGAAACGGGUGUUACCGUAUGUCAAGGCUACUCUACAGUUCGGCCUGCGUUUGCGCCCUUCUCGGACUUCGGUUUUGCAUGGUUAUUCUGAUUCCAAUUGGGCUAGAGAUGUGCUUGAUAGGAAGUCUACUAGUGGGUUCGCUGUCUAUCUGGGUGACAAUUUGAUUUCAUGGGUCUGCCGGAAGCAUCGGACUGUUGCUCGUUCCUCUACCGAGGCUGAGUAA